UGGCGAAAGACUGAAGUGAAUUACUUAACUUUUCUUUAAAUGCGAGACUCUUGAAUGCGAGUUAAAUUCUAAUUAGUAUUCAUCCUUUUCGUGGUAAAACGUAUCUACAAAAAAAAAUAAACUCAUAACCUAAAAAUUUAAAACUACUUUGUGUUUACAAAAAUGCGGCUAAACAUACGGUUACUUUCGUCUGCUGUUCAAAAGAGGCCUUUUUACGUGACUACCCCUAUAUUUUACGUAAAUGCCGCACCACAUCUCGGUCACCUUUACUCAGCAGUCGUAGCAGACGCCAUUCAGAGGUUUGAGAAGCUCACAAACCCAGACUGCAAUAUUAUAUUUAGUACAGGCACUGAUGAGCAUGGAACCAAGAUCCAGCAAGCGGCUGCCAAAGCCAAACUUCCCCUCCCAGAGUACUGCUCCAAGACGUCUGACGAAUACCGAACACUGUUCAAGGAGUUCAACGUUGACUUCACAGAUUAUGUCAGGACUACAGAAAAGAGGCAUAAGGUUUCUGUUAAACACUUUUGGAACAAACUAAUGAAAAAGGACUACAUAUACAAAGCGAAGUACUCGGGCUGGUAUAGCGUCAACGACGAGUCUUUCGUGCCUGAGGCUCACACCAGGGAAGAUAUUGUGAAUGGAGAGAAGGUGAAAUUGUCUGUGGAGUCGGGCCACAGAGUCGAGUGGACAGAAGAGACAAACUACAUGUUUCGUCUCAGCGCCUUCAAAACGCAUCUGAAGGAGUGGCUUAGUACAGACGGCGUAAUAACUCCCAGCAAGUUCCAGAAACAGUUGCAGGAGUUACUGGAGAAUGAGGUGUACUUCCCCGACAUAUCGGUCAGCCGCCCGUCUUCCAGGGUGCACUGGGCGAUACGAGUGCCAAACGACGAGGAGCAAAGUAUAUACGUGUGGCUGGACGCUCUUAUCAACUACUUAACUGCUAUCGGGUACCCUGAUGAGGACGCCAUGAUCCGGCGCGGCCGGCCCUGGCCCGCUGACGUGCACGUGGUCGGGAAGGAUAUACUCAAGUUCCACGGCAUCUACUGGCCGGCCUUCUUAAUGGCCACGAGCUGGCCGCCGCCGCGCCGCCUCGUCUGCCACUCGCACUGGACGGUAGACGGAAGCAAGAUGUCCAAGUCUCUAGGCAACGUGGUGGACCCAAGGAGGACCCCUGUGAAUCCCUCUGCGUUGAGAUAUUUGCUGUUGAGGGAAGCUACUAUGUCUGGUGAUGCUAACUACAGCGAAACCAAGUUAAUAAACGUGGCGAACUCCGAGCUAGCCGAUACAUUAGGCAACCUGGCGUCCCGUUGCUGCGGGACGUCUCUGAACCCGCGACAAGAGUUCCCUCCAUUACACGUGCACGAACUUGCGACGUGUCGGCAAGUUGACGUCACCGCGAACCUCUUGGAUAGAGUGGAAAGGCUGCCUGAAAUCUGCCACGAGCACUACUCAAACUACCAGUUCUACAAAGUAGUUGACGCGGUCAUACACACGCUACACCUCGCCAAUCUCUUCUUCGAGACCCACAAGCCGUGGGAACUCCGAAAACAAGUGGAGAACCAGAAACACCUCGACGUCAUCCUACACAUCACCAUGGAAACGCUCAGAAUAUGUGGAAUAAUACUCCAACCGAUAAUACCAGACAUGUCUCAAAAAUUACUCGAUAAACUACAAAUACCGAAGGAUUCCAGAAACUGGCAACACUGCGAGCGGCCAUCUUGGAGCAUAGAGGACGCGAUAUACGAAACUAAGUACAUACAGAAUGGCAAGUUUGUGCUGUUUCAGAGAGUUUAUGUGGAUAAAAAUAAUGUGCAGAAGAAAAAGGCGAAAGCGUAGGACUUGUAAUGUGUGAAUUUGUUUGGGUGGAAUAACUGAAACAAGAAAUAAUGUAGUUCCUACGUUAUGUUUUAAUUUGAUGCCUUGUUUACAUGUCUAAAAUGGAAUCGAAAACUUUUGAAUCUGUUUGGGAAAAUUUUUUUUGCGAAUUAUGUCUUCUCCAUUGCAAUCCUUUUUAGCAAAAUUAAAUGCAUCAA